AUGUUUGCAUCCUCGAUAGCUGAAGUCACCAAAAAAAGAAUUCUUAUGUUUGUCCUAUGUUUCUUCCAAUAUGCAUUUAUACAUUGCUGUAGAUCAACUUGGAGUUAUGUAUCGGGUAGAAUGGUAGGGGAAGACUAUUUCACGAAAUAAUACCUAGGCUACAUAAAUUUUUCUUUUCUUUUUUGUUAUGGGUUUGCGAUAUCAAUGUAUUGAAUAAGUAUUUGGUAGUUUGGGGUAAUUUGGAGAUAGAAUGAGUCUUAAAGUAUUUAUUUUAGCAGGAACAUUUACAUCAUGUUUAGUUUUCACUUUAAUUGGAGUAAUGAUAUAGAUUGAAGUCAAGCAUAAUUAUGUAUAUUUGAUUUUACAAAUAAUUAAUGGUAUAUCUCAAUCAACUGCAUGGUGCGGAGUGCUUUGUACAUAAUGUUAAAUAAUUUAGCUAUUCUAAACAAUUGGUUUGUUACAGAUAAGAAGGUGAUACUUAUGGGUUAUUUUGCAGCAUGUCCAAAUGUAGGAAAUAUACUUGGUGAUGUGUAUUCAGGUGUAUUAAUAGGAAAAGACGAUUUAUCAUUAUAUGCUCCAAUAUAUUUAGCUGGAUUUUCAUUAUUCAUUAUGAAUGUUUUAGACACUUUUUUAUUAGAAAAUGCACCUUCUGAAGACAUUAAAAGAUAGAUGGUUGAAGAGUAUGAGAAAAAAAAAUAAGCAAAUUAACAGCAACCUUAACUUAUGAUAUCUAUGAUUGAAAAAAAAUAUGAAGAAAAUUUAGAUUAAUAUUUAGAUUAUUAAAGAAAAAGUUCUCGAAUAUAAUAUCCAAAUGGUGCAUCUUAAAUUGUGAUUAAAUAAGAAAAUGAAUAGAUUAACCAAUUAAAUUAUUUUAAUGCAUGGUUUGUUCCAAAUGUUGCAUUAUAUGCAUUUGCUUUUGGAUGUGUAAAAGCAGUUUAUUAUAUUCUUGGAUUUUGGUUACCUAAUUAUUUAGACUCUAAAAAUGUUAAAGAUGUUGCUUGGAUAACAGCUAUGAUUGAUUUAGGUUCUAUUCCAGGAGGGAUUCUAAUUUGGUAAUUUUAAUUUUGAUAUUUCUAAUUCUAGUUUGAUUGGAUAUUAUUAUAAUAAAAGAGCAGUAAUUACAGUUCCAUCUUUAUGGAUAGGUACCAUAAUAAUGAUAUCUGUAAGUUUUAGUGGAUCAUUUAAACAUGAAAUAGCAGGAUAUAUGUGUUUAAUAUUUCUUACAGGAUUAUUUAUUGGUGGAUGUUAUAAUAAUAUUUCAACUGCAAUGACAGUAGAACUCAGUAAUUAACCAGAAUUAAAAAGUAAUUAUAUUUUCAUUUUAGAUAGUAAAUCUGCAACCUCAACAGUCGUUUCAGUUAUAAUGGGAUAUGCAGCUAUGUUUGCAGCUAUUAAUUAAUUGAUUGUUCCAUAUGUAGAAAAACGAUUGUUUGUAUAUUGUAGUGCAUUAUCUAUAAUUGGAGGAUUAUUUUUAAUUCCAUUAAUUAUAAAUGAAGUAAAAAGAAAUAAAUAAAUGUCAUAAUCAUAAUUAAAAACUUAUUGA